UACCUGCUUUACACGUCAUGACCACAGAGAGAUAGAGAGAGAUAGAGGGAGAGAGAGAGAGAGAGACAGAGAGAGAGAGAGACAGAGAGAGAGAGAGAGAGAGAGAGAGGGCUACUCCAUGCAUUUUGCUCCUCACAUUAGACUAACAGUACAGCCCUCCGGUGAAGUGUUGCUGUCUCUUGCUGUGUCGGACUAAAGCCACUGGGGUAGCCGAGAGCUGAUGCGCCCAUGUGAGGAGGCUGUAGCUGCCCCGCCAGCCGGUAUUUGUGGCUCCCGUGCACGUCCGAAAGGGAUUUUUGUUGAGUACUUCUGGAGCCAAAACAUGGUGGGCAGGCAAUAAGGCUUGACAGAAGAUGCGACGGGGUUGGUGGCUCGUCAGAUGGCUGGGGACAGGAAUGGCAAUCCUCUCUUUGCUAACUCACAGCUGGGGCCAGGACACAGAAGAGUGUAAGCUGUCCCGGCCAGGCCCCCCCGCAACUAUAGUGACCAUUGACGAGGAGAGCCCCAACGGUACAAUUUUGGUGGAAAACAUGCAGAUAAAUGGCCGUGCCCAAGACCCAGGCAGAACCAUCUCGCUGACGUUGCUGGACAACUAUGAGUACUGGGUGAUACUGGAACCAGCACGGCAGAGGCUCUACCUCAACAGCACUGGGCGCGUUCUAGACAGAGAUCCCCCCAACUACAUCACCACCAUUGUGGUUCAGGUCCAGUGCACCAAUGAGCUGGUUGGCACUGUUAUUUUGCACGAGGUACGGAUUGUUGUGAGGGACAGGAAUGACAACACCCCUAGCUUUCAGCAGCCACGCUACUAUGUUGCAGUAAAUGAGCUCACACCCGUUGGAACAACCAUAUUCACCGGUUUCUCAGGAAAUAAUGGCGCUACGGACAUUGAUGACGGGCCCAAUGGACAUAUAGAAUACAGCAUUCUUUACAACCCCAAUGAUCCGGCAUCUAAUAGGACAGUGAGUGUUGCAAACACCCUUUCAGGACACAUUAUUCUGGCAGAGAGGCUAAACUAUGAGGAGAGAACUCGCUACCUGGUUUUGGUACAAGCCAAUGACCGCGCUCCAUACCCUCCCAACAGACGAACAGCUACCACGACUCUGACUGUGGAUGUUUUGGACGGAGACGACCUGGGCCCCAUGUUUCUGCCUUGUGUUUUGGUGAACAACACCCGCGACUGCAACCCCCUCACCUACCGCGUUGCUAUCCCUGAAUUCACUGAACCGAAUAAACUGAACCCAUUGAACGUGACCCCUCCAAUCCGGGCAGUGGACAUGGACAGAAACAUACAGCCCCCAUCAGACAGACCUGGUAUUUUUUACUACAUCCUGGUUGGUCAUCCAGUCACAUAUACAGAGUAUUUCUCCCUGAACAGAACCACUGCAGAGCUGCGUGUUCUGCAACCGAUCAGCAGGGACGUGUAUCAAAGGUUCACACUCAUCAUCAAGGCUGAACAGGACAACGGUCAUCCCCUUCCCGCUUAUGCUGACCUAAUUAUAGAAAUCCUGGAUGAAAACAACCAGGCACCAUAUUUCCAGUUUGCUACCUAUCAGGGCUACGUGAGUGAGUCCUCCCCCGUGGGUACGACUAUCUCAGCCAGUGCCAACCUCACUGCCCCCCUGGGAAUCAUCGCUCUGGAUAAUGACAUUGAGGAGACGAAAGACCCCAUGGUGAAGAUUACCCUGGGUGACUACACCACGAUCUUCGCCCUGACUCCUACUGGGAUAAUCCGCUACCUGAGGCUCCUCAAACCUGUGGACCGGGAGAAGCAGAUGGCUUAUACUUUCACGAUGGUGGCAUCAGAUGGCGUCCAGCAGAGUAGCCCAGUAACUGUCAACAUUUUGGUCAUUGAUGCCAAUGACAAUACGCCCACGUUCACAGAGGUCUCCUACAGCGUUGAAGUCUUCACAGACAUGCAGCCAGGGGAGACAGUACUACAGUUAAAUGCAGCCGAUGCUGAUGAGGGACUGAAUGGUCUGGUGACCUAUGAGAUACUGGCUGGUACCCAGGGACAUUUCAUUAUCAGUAAUCGCACAGGACGCAUCACUGUGGCACCUGGUGUCACUUUAACUGUGGGGCGAUCUUAUGCACUGACUGUCAAGGCCUCUGACAAUGCACCAGAGACUCAGAGAAGGAGCUCCAUCACUACAGUCUACAUUGAGGUUUUGCCACCCAACAAUCAGAGCCCCCCACGCUUCCCACUCUUCACCUACAGCCUGGAAGUCAGCGAGGCCAUGAGGAUAGGAGCUAUUCUGCUCAAUCUGCAGGCCACAGACAGAGAAAACGACCCGAUCACAUACCGCAUUGAGAGUGGGGAUUCCCAGAAGGUCUUCAACCUCUCUGAAACGAUUGGCCUUCUACUUCUGGGGAAGCCUCUGGAUAGAGAGACCACUGAUCAGUACCGUCUGAUUGUCACAGCCUCUGAUGGCAACCCUGGAGGGACAUCCACUGCCACUGUGAACAUAGUGGUGACUGAUGUCAACGAUAAUGACCCUGAGUUUAACCUCACCAUACCCACUAAUUUUACUGUCCAAGAAGAAAAGACCAAUCUGUUUGUGGGACAAGUCAUGGCCACAGAUCCAGAUGCAGGAGCUAAUGGCCAGGUGCAAUACCGGAUCGUGAAUCAUCCUGAUUUGUUUACAAUCAGUGCUAAUGGAAGCAUCUACACAAAAGUGCCACUCGAUCGGGAGCUUAGGAGCCAAUACGACUUGGUGGUAGAGGCCUCAGAUGGGGCAGUGGACCCACGACGGACCACCUUGACCCUCUCAGUCCAGGUGAAGGAUAUCGAUGACAACAGCCCAGUCUUCUCCCAGCAAACUUAUGUGGUGAACGUACCCGAGAACAGCCCUGUUGGAACUGUGGUCUUGAAGCUAAGUGCAGUGGACUCAGACCUCUUCUCCAAUGUCACAUAUCAGAUCAAGACUGAAUCGGCCAGACAGCUGUUUUCUCUGAACCCUGUCACGGGAGAGUUAGCUGUGCUGCAGACCCUGGACUUUGAAGACCUGGCAGCUAUGAGUAUGGGGGCCUCUUACACUUUCCAGGUAGAAGCUGUCGACCAAGGAGGGGUCAUGCCCCCAGGGCAAGCUACCGUCACAGUCCGCAUCACGGACAUGAAUGACUUCUCUCCCAUCUUUAGCCAAGAUCUGUAUAAAGGCAUGGUGGCACCCAAUGCAGAGAAAGGAACAGUCAUCACAACUGUGUUUGCCGAGGACCAAGACCCACCAGGUACUCCAGCCAGUUUUGUCCGCUACAGAGUAGACCUGGACAAGUCUCCGUACAGUGGGAGCAUCUUUGAUGUGGAAGCGGAAACUGGAAGGGUCAUCACUAAAGUCAACCUUAAUGAGGAGCCUAGUGUCACCUUUAAGUUGUUUGUGAUAGCCUAUGAUGAUGGGGAGCCGGUGAAGUCUAACAGUACUUUGGUGGAGAUCACUGUCCUUCAGCCUUCACGCAUCCCGAUCUUCACGCAGGAAGAGUACAAGUUUCCUCCAGUCAGUGAGCGGGCUGAACUUGGCACACCAGUGGGGACUAUUCUAGCUGCUGCUGUCAAUCAAACCAUCUUCUACUCCAUCGUGGGAGGAAAUGAACUAGGUCAUUUUCAGGUGAACAACAGAACAGGCGUCAUCUCCACAGCUAAGCCUCUGGAUUAUGAAAACGUGACCAGCUAUAUCCUCAGGGUCCAGGCAGACUCUAUGUUGGUUGUCAUGUCCAACCUGCGUGUGCCUUCUAAAACUAACACAGCCAAGGUGUUCAUUGAGGUGCGGGAUGAGAACGACCACCCUCCCGUCUUCUCCAGGAAGCUCUACAUAGGCGGAGUGACGGAGGACGCCAAGAUCUUCAGCUCUGUACUCAAGAUAGUGGCUACUGACAAGGACACUGGGAAUUACAGUGCCAUGGCGUACCGCCUCAUUAUCCCACCCACAGCAGAGGGCCAGGACAGCUUUGUCAUCGAGACAUACACAGGUAUCAUCAAGUCAGCCAUCAUGUUUCGAAACAUGCGCAGGUCCUACUUCAAGUUUGAAGUUAUCGCCACAGAUGACUACGGAAAAGGUCUCAGCAGCAGUGCCGAAGUGGUGGUUUCCGUGGUCAACGCAUUGGACAUGCAAGUUGUUGUGUCGACUGUCCCGCCCACUUUAGUUGAAGAGAAAAAGGAGCAGCUCAUUGGUAUUCUGGAGAAAUAUGUCCAGGACCAGAUUCCAGGUGCCAAGGUAAUUGUAGAGUCCAUCGGGCCACGGCGUCAUGGCGAUGGCUUUGAGCUAGAGGACUACAGUAAGUCGGACCUGAUGGUAUACGCCAUUGACCCGCUCACGAACAGGGCCAUUUCACGCCAGGAGCUCUUCAAAUUUCUCGAUGGGAAUGUGCUGGAUAUCAACAAGGAGUUCCAGCCACACCUGGGCGAGGGUGGCCGCAUCCUCAAGAUCCGCUCACCAGACAUCGUGGCCAGCGUGAAGAAAGCCGCCCAGGCUGUGGGCUACACAGAGGGAGCUCUCCUUGCCUUGGCCAUCAUCAUCAUCCUCUGCUGCAUACCUGCCAUCCUCAUUGUCAUGGUCACCUACAAACAGUUCAAAGAGCGACAGGCAGAGUGUGCCAAAACUGCCAGGAUUCAGAUGGCUUUACCACCAGGAGGGAAAGCAGCUCCGGCCAGUGCUCCCGGUGCUAACCUGUAUGAAGAGCUCGGGGACAGCAGCAUGGCUAAAAAGUCUGUCAUUGAGGAGGCCGACCACCAGAGGAUUUUUAGCACCUUUGCCUGUCGCACCAUUGCAGCCCGCAGCAACGGAACACUGCGCAUCGGCAUACCCAAGUCAGGGAGCAACGUGACCUUCCUCUCUGACUGCAACCCACUAACCACCCACAACCCUGUCUAUGAUGACAGUCCCCUCAGCAGUCCUGAUGUCUUUAUAGGGGGGAAGAACCCUUCUGAAAAGCGGUUCUCCUUUUCUUCUUUGCACUCAGAAGGGUCAGGGUGUGGCUGGUCAAUGCCUGCCCACGUUGAAGGAAGUCUGCACGGUUACGAGGUGUCAAGGAGGCAAACUCUUAUGGACCCGGCCGAUUGGGAGCUGCAGAUACUCCAAGCAGCCAUGAGAGGCAGACAAAGGCCGGAGAGUUCUGGCACGCUCCACCUGAGUGGCAGCACAGAGACCAAGUUGUCAGUUCGUGAGCAGGCUAGGCAGUUUGAGCAGCAAGCCCUCCAGGAAAAAACCCUCAGGCAAAACAGAGGCUCCCAAGGCUCCCUCUCUCCCAUCCUUGUCAGGGAUAGAGACAGCACUGACAUUGUGGAGCUGACCUCAGAAGCCCUGUUCUCCAUCAUGGAUUACCCCUACAGCCCCAGUGUGGGCAGUGAUUUGCCCCCCAGCAUCAUCAUUACUCAGGGAGAUGACUCAUGGACCCUGCCCAGCCAGAAACCUACUCCACCUGUCCUCAGGAAGUUCAGCUCUAGCAUCUCCAACUACAUGACAGUACAGCCAUGUCAGAUCAACGUGGAGAUUAUACCAGACCCACCAGAAAACCCACCUCCUCCUCCUCCACAGCAGCCACACCCGCCUCCCCCACCCACAUCUCCUCCAUCUAGUCCACCCCCCCCUCCACCCACACCCUCCAACCUUUGUACUCCUCAGCCCCCUGUUCCUCCUAUCAAUAAACAGCUUGCUCCCCCACCUCCACCGCCUCUUCCUCCCCCUCCCUCACCAGCGAGCGAUCAGUCGCGCCCAAUUGUCCAGUUUGUCCCAACCUCUUUGCCGCCUGUGUCAUCGCUUCGCCCUGUUUCAGAACGGAAACGUCCCCCUCCUCCUGUUCCAUCACAAAGUGACGUUGGGAGGAAGGAGCUCAAGGGAAUCCUGAAAAACAUCCAGAAUCUCGCUGACAUAGAGAGGUCUGUUGCCAACCUGUACAGCCAAGUAGACAAAAACAGCAAGAACCCCAAGUUUAACAAGAAACCACAAGUGACUGAGGAAUCAGAGGGUGCUAAUAAAGUGCAAGGCUCUGAUCUCCACGAUGAGCAGAGCAUGCCAAAGCCAACCAACUCCAGCUCUGCGGACCAAAUCAACUCGACAAGUGUGAACUGUGAUGAAAAUGGAACAAGUCAACUGAACAUGGCCGCAGAGGUUCAGCAGGCGAGACAAUUGAACUCAAACAGCCCAAACUCUGCUGAGCCCAGUGAACACUUUUCUUCUCAGUCCACAAUGUUCUGACUCUUUUUCUUUGUCUCCAUAUUCUCAUUAUUUCCAUUUAUACAUUCCCAUGUCUAUUUGUCUGUUGUUUCUAAACACUGUUUUUAUUUUUUUGCACAGUUUGUAGCACUGUAUAUAAGCUUUAGUCAAGUCAAAGAAUUUUGACUGUGGGUUUUUCAGAAACGCAACGCUUUUUUUACUUGAUAUUCGGUGUGGAAAUCAUAUUUUAGUGCCACCUGCCAAAAAAUGUACUCAGCUCUGCCACAAUGACUGUGCUUUAAGCUUAUGGGCUUGCAUUAGAACAUAAAACAGGCUUGCAUGCAUCAGUUGUGCUCAGUUUAACUGCAUGUUUUAAUUACUUGAACUACAAUUAGAUCUAUGAUGGUGGUACCAGUAUUUAAUUUUAGUUCACAGAUUAGUCAGUUCAUUACGUUGUAAGUAUGUUACUUCGGUUAAUAUUAACAAAACCCAAACCGCUUUAAAUAAAUUACACUAAACACCAAAAUUUUGUAAAUCCUACAACCCUGAGGUCUGUUUCCUUGAUAGCUACAUUUUGCUGAUUUUCAAAUGUGUUUUUUUACUUCUUAACAAAGAUGUGAGCAUGAAAUUUUAGGAUGCCGAGUCCAAAUUAGGCAAAAGAAAAAAUUAUGAUGUUCAGUGUUUUUUUUAAAUGAGGGGAAAUUACCAUAACUGUUAAAAAUUUCCCAAAGGUAUGCAAAUUCUGUGAAAGAAGCUUCAGAGUAUUCAUGAAGGAUGAUCACGUAUUUCUUGAUUAUACAUAUUCAGGAAGUUGUAGCAGUUAUUUGAGCUCACAUAAAAUUAAGCACUUUUAGUGUGUAUUUAAAAGGCCCUACAUGCAAUGAUGAAUGAAUGUGAGAUGUAAACUUCACUGAUGCAUAAUGCAAGAGAAUUUCCUAAUUGUCAUACUCAACCCCUGAGCAAAUGAACAGUAGGACAGUUCACACAUAAACAAAUAUCAAAAUAUGUAUAUGUAUACCGAAGCAACCCUUGCAUGAAAUUAAAAUUAUUGGAUAUUGUUUUAAAACAAGCUACAGGAAAUCUCUUUAUUUAAAUGUAAUACAAUUGAAUGCAGGGCGAGGCGCCUCUAAGUGAAAACAUAUAUCUUCUUAUGUUGGUCGAAGCAUCAGCUAUAAAAAUAAAUGGACAGGGUUCCCGGCAGGCUCAUGUUGAAUGAAGAGAGCCAACCUCUGGGGGACCUGUCUAUUCACAUGUCAGCAGAGAUCCUCGCAGCAUGAUAAAGUAGUCACAGUGAUGUUUGGCUGCACACUGGAAAAGGCUAAUUAGAGAACCAAUCAAUCUUUGACCAAGGCCGCUGCCUGUGGGACUGUCAACUACAGUUACCCUCUCCUUUUCUUUUCUGUCCCUCUGACCUUCUGCCUGUCCCAUUUGUCUGUAUUUCACUCUCCCUCUUCGUCUCCCCUUGUAGUUAGUUCUAAUACUUUCCAAUCCUUGGCCUCUUCUUGUUAAUCUGUCCUCGUGGUUCUCGGGAGAUUCUAUUACCUUCUUUACAUUCAUUGCAAUGCGGCCGCUGUCCCCUCUUGCUUCCUUUUUUUCCUGCGCUCAGGUUUUUUACUUCCACUCAUCUUUCCCCCUCAUACCCUUCAUGUGUUUGUUUCAGCCUCCAUGCCCUAAGGCAAAUGGUCUUAGCAUACCUCCCUUCCAGAGCAAUGUAAUGUUUGAUUCAUCACACAUUCCCCUGAUGGGCAGAUCGAAGGCCUGCUAAUUCUGUAUUCCAUGUUCACUACAUGGGGUAAUCUCUUUUGUAAAGAGGCUAGCAGAUCACAUACUGUUUCUUUCAACCCAAAGAGCACUAAGCCUUAAUGGAUGCUAUUCUUUAUAUUUCAAUCUUGGUUUUAUCAAACUCUUUUUGUUUCCCGACUGAUAAUUCAAUACAGUAGUAUGAAAAACAGAACAAAAGGAAAAGGGUACACCAAUUUUAAUAAUGAAAGUAGUUCUGAACUUUGUUUUUAUUGCACUUUUCUGAGGAAAAGUUACAAAAGGCAGACAUAAAAAAUAAAUGAAAAAGAGAAUGACUAUAAUACAGGGAAUGAAACAACAUUGGGGGGGGAUAUUUACUUAACAAAUUGCAUUUGGCCUUAUUUAUUGACCAUUUGAGGACCAUAAAGGUUUUGUGUUGGUAAAAUGGAGGAACCACUGGCAUGGCACCACUGAUAAUUGCACUUUUGGUCUCAUGUGUUCCUUUUAAGGCAUUCUACCUGAGGCACAUGCCUUUCUGUUUCCCGCUGUUGCUUCAUAAGCAACACAUGUCAAAACAGUCCGACAUUAGAUCUUAUUUAGCAGCAAAUCAGAUGAAUUGCUUAUUGAGUAUCCCCCAAAAGGUUUUAAAAAGCAAAUGAAAACAACAACUAGAUAAAACAGUUACAACUAUGGUUCAAAAUCAAAGUAGACUUAGCAGUAAAAGUAUGUUUUGAAUAGAAAAUUCAAAGAUGACUCUGAAUCCAGUAUCAUAACAAGAUCUAAAUCACAAAAUGGUCAACAUCACAUGCUAAAGAAAAUGCAGACCACAAGCCAUAUGGUAUUCAGAAAAUUGUUUUUUAAUUAAUAUCCAUGCCCACACAAAAUGCUCUUCAGAGAGAUCCUUUGUUGCCUGGAAACAUCCAGAAAUCAUUUGACAUUUUGGGAAAUUCUCUUAUUCGCCUUCUUGCCAAGAGCUAGAAAGAAAAACAUAUUUCCCAAACUGUCAAACUAUUCCCUUAACUGAUUCUUCCUAUAAUGGGUUGGGUAAUUUUGUUUUGCUGGUAUUUGUGGCAGCAGAAUAAUAAUGGUCCUAGAAUACAUGUUUCCUACAUAAUAUGCAAUGGGAACAUGUUAAGCUAGCUGUUCAUAAAGCCAAGAUAACCUUACUGUUAUUUAUAUGAUAGGCAAGACUGUAUUUAAGUAUUGAUGUACUUCUGAGCUCACCUCUCAUUUCUCUACAACAUCACCUUAUCAGCCAUCUUCCUCCAAUUCCCCUCUUGUGCAAACUUCCUGUGGCUGCUAUCCAUUGGGCCAUUAUUCUUGAUGUUGCAUGAAGCAGCAGUAGCCAGCAGCCAAGCCAACAGGUCAUCCAUCAGCUCCCAGUCCCAUCAUCCACUCUGCCUGGGAGGUGUGGCCAUAUGCUCUGCCCUGUCCCUGGUCCCUGCCCAUAAUAAUAGAUUACAGCUCUCCAGAGGAAGCUCACAUCAUUGCUUGGCCAUAUAUCUGAGUGUGAGAGUUGUCAUUAUUUAUGGGUCCAGACAGGUUACAGUUGUACGUUUGUGAACCUGGAGGUUUCGGCAGGGCUGCUCCAUUACUCGCCGUUUCUCAUUGACUUGUACUGAACGCACUACAGAUGCAUCGUUGUCCUCAGGAGCAGAUCUGAGUUGUUUUUUUAUGUGUUUGAUAGAGUCAAGACUUACUUCGGUUUAGCAAAGAAAAAAAAAACAUAACAAAACAAAUCAUUGCUGUCUGUUGAAAGGAAGUGCCACAUUAUGAUGUGAUAAUCAAAGACAAUUUUAUUAACUUUCUUUGAGUCAUCGCUGAAUCACAAUGUCCUUUUCAUAUCUGCUAGGAGAUGCUCUAGAUAUGCUUGUAUAAACACUUACUUUUUUCAAACUCCAAUCUUUCCAGCCUCUUUGAUAUUUGCGUUUAUUGUAGUGUUUUUUAGUUGUUUUUUUUCAUCUCCCUGUUUGGAUGAGAUAACGGGGGGAAAAAAUAAACCCACGCCAACUUGAUAACAUUGUGUCCUUAGGCACCCUCUAAAACUGAGCAAUAUCCGCAACUCUGUAAUUUAACACAUGGAAAAUGCACAGUAAGUAAAGCUGCAGUUUCCUCACUGGUCAGCAGAAUGUAGACGUGCUAGUCCUAUAGACUUUACAUUUCAUUUAUCUAAAAGAACUUGAAAUGUUGCUGUUAAUCCAUAUUCAUUAUUUGUCUUAUUUCCUCCUUUCUGCGG